ACUCAUUGUUCCGAAGCAAUUAGCACGCUACAGAUCGUCGCGGGAAGACGGGCAGUAGGGGGUUGUUCAUUCACGGGUUUCUCGAAAUUUCUUCUUGCCGUGUCCUUUUCACAAAACAUAUUUCUCGGUAAUACGGCGUUGUUUGUUGUAGACUCUCUUGAGGCGGAGCAAACGCGCCCCGAGAAGGGUUUUCUACUGUGGUUUUAUCAACGCACUUAUCUGUGAGUGGCAGGCAGUCGGACGCACGCUGAUGGCGGUCACUAUCGAGGAUCUCUACCGUAGCUACGGGGUCCUUGCAGAUGCUAAGGACAACCUCAGUCAGCACAAAGAUGCCUACCAGGUGAUCCUGGAUGGUGUGAAAGGUGGCCCCAAGGAGAAGCGCCUGGCAGCACAGUUUAUUCCCAAGUUCUUCAGCAGCUUUCCAGAACUGGCCGAUGCAGCUAUUAAUGCCCAGCUUGAUCUUUGUGAAGACGAGGAUGUGUCUAUUCGACGACAAGCCAUCAAGGAGCUCCCGCGGUUUGCUACUGGCGAGAACAUUGUCAGAGUUGCAGAUAUUCUCACCCAGCUCCUUCAGACAGAUGAUACAGCAGAGUUCAACCAAGUCAAUGCAGCUCUUAUUUCUAUCUUCAAGAUGGAUGCUAAGGGUACUCUCGGAGGCCUCUUCUCUCAGAUCCUGCAGGGAGAAGACAUAGUGCGAGAAAGGGCCAUCAAGUUUCUGUCCACUAAACUGAAAACCCUACCAGAGGACAUCAUGACAAAGGAGGUGGAGGACUACGUCUUUGCUGAGACAAAGAAGGUGUUGGAAGAUGUGACAGGAGAGGAGUUUGUGCUCUUGAUGCGUGUUGUGUCGGGUCUGCGGGUGCUGCAGACAGUAAAUGGCCGACAGCAACUGGUGGAGCUGGUGGUGGAGCAAGCUUUCCUGGAGCAGGCCCUCAACCCUGCCGACCCCGACACCGUGGACCGCCUGCUGCAGUGCACCCGCCAGGCCCUUCCAUUAUUCUCCAAAAAUGUCCAUUCCACUCGCUUUGUAACUUACUUCUGUGAACACGUCCUGCCCAACCUCAGCUCCCUGACAAGUCCUGUAGCUGAGCUGGACAUUCAGCUCGAGGUGCUGAAGCUGUUGGCUGAGAUGAGUCCGUUCUGUGGAGACAUGGAAAAGCUGGAGGCCAACCUCAACAUGCUUUUCACCAAACUACUGGAAUUCAUGCCACUGCCACCAGAAGAGGCGGAGAACGGUGAGAACGCUGCCAAUGAGGAACCCAAACUGCAGUUCAGCUACGUAGAGUGUCUGCUCUUCAGCUUCCACCAACUGGGCAAGAAGCUGCCAGACUUCCUCCUCGACAAAGUCGAUGCUGAGCGGCUCAAAGACUUCAAGAUCAAGUUGCAGUAUUUUGCCAGAGGUCUGCAGGUUUACAUCAGACAGCUGCGAGUAGCACUGCAAGGAAAGACAGGAGAUGCUCUUAAGACAGAAGAGAACAAGAUCAAAGUCGUGGCCCUCAAGAUCACAAACAACAUCAACGUCCUCAUCAAGGAUCUCUUCCACAACCCUCCAUCAUACAAGAGCACAGUCACUCUGUCCUGGAAACCUGUCCAAAAGGCAGAGGCAGUAGCGCCCAAGCGUCAGUCAAGUGAGGAGAUGGGGUCCGGUGGCAGCACAAAAAAACAGAUUUCUCCUCAGCCCAGAAGGGACGCACGGCAAAUCUACAACCCACCCAGCGGAAAGUACAGCGCCACCAUUGGCAAUUUUACCUAUGAGCAGCGCGGUGGCUUCAGAGGAGGACGGGGACGAGGCUUCGGGGCGAGAGGCAACAGGAGCCGAGGCCGAAUCUUCUGAGAGACACACACACACACUCUUGGCAUAUUGCUCAUUGAACUGCAUCACAUCAGGAUCUUUUCCUUACCGAGAUGGACUAUUUACCAACUACUCCUUUUUUUUUUUGUGUCUUUUUUUUUUUAACUGGUCUCCUCAAUUUUUGGUUUGUUUGUUUUUGGAGAGGAUGAUGGUUUCAGAAUAUCAAACUGCGGGUUCUGACUUUUCUACCUGCCAUUUCAACAUGUACUCCCUGUAUUCCUCUUUGCCAAGGUGAUAGUAAAUCUAAAUACGUUUUCUCUCUCUCUCCUUAAAUUUUAAACAUUAUUCUGUGUAUUUUUGUGGAACAAAAAACUGCUAAGUUGUAACUGAUGAAUAUUUUGUCAGAUGUUUGUAGGAAAAAGAUGAAGAUCCUCGUGUUUUGCAACAUAUUGAUGAAUUGAUUUGUUUCUACCGUUUUAUUUAAUCUUAUUUUCUUUUUUUAUUAGAGCUUAAUUUGAAUUGGCGGACUAUGCUACUUUGUAUAAAUCAAUGAUGCUGUUUCAUUGGAUUUUUAUCAUAAACUUGUUUGGAACUAUGAA